UGCCGUAGCUACCCGUCACCUACAGGGUGCAGGCGCAUCGACUGAAACCCGGCCAUCUAGAGACACGCCGGGGCUUCUGUGUAGGUCGUAAGCUAACGUCGCGGCGCUGCCUCCACGCGUAUGUAUGUACAGAGCCCGGGCGCCGUUGCUUGCUCCGCGCGCCUGCGUUUGCUGUCUGUCUGUAUGUAGGCUGGCGUGCCCUGAUUGUUUUUGUACAUAUGUAGAGCAUUCUGUAACUGCCUGCUCGCCCGUCUGGCUGGAUGCCUACCAACUACCAACCAGCACCCUCACUGCCCUGCCCUGCCCGCCUAGAGUAAACGCAACCCAGGCAGCACUGCGCGUAAACCCAGCGACCCGGUUUCGCGUCCUGGCUCUUCUUUCCUUCAAGCACACACAGCAAACUGGAUAAGGCCAGCAAAGCAGCGGCGAAAAACAAGGCGAUGGAUGAAGAGAAAGAAGAAUAAGGGAAGGG